AUGUGCGAGUACAGCAUCAGCGCCGCACUGACCUAUCGGGUGCCGCCCGAGUCUCCAGAUGCCCCCCCGACGCACAACCUGCUGCUGGCCACCCACACGGGCCAGCUCAUGAUCUACAGGGAAACGCAGCUCAUCUGGUGCGCGAGGCUGUCGGACAUUGUGCCCGUGCAGCUGAGCGUGGACACCGUCUGCGGCGUCCAGGGCAUGAUCGUGUGCAUGGACUGCCGCCUGAAGGUGCACGUGUGCUACCUGGGGACGGAUCCCCCGCCGGCCAACCUCGUCAACACCGAGACGAAGGAGCUCAACUACGACGAGAUGGAGGAGGAGCACCAGGAGCUUCUGCGGGUCAUCCGGCAGACCCACGGCGAGGGCCAGCGGGAGGCUGAGGAGCAGUUGGCGAUACGCGCCGAG